AUGCCUCUGCCUGUGCCAGUCGAACGAUGGCUUCGUUCGAUCUACACGAACACGCCUUUCGACCAAGAAUGGCUCGACGAAUGCUCAGACUACCUCCAAACGACUCUGCCCGAGAGCGCAACUCCUGCAGAGUGGAACAGGAUGCUUGCCCAUCAGCUCAUCCACUCUGAUCUGACGGCUUCGCUCUCUUCGGCAGCUCUUCCCUCUGAGGCUGCACUCGCCUCUGCAGACAGAAUCGCGACUGCACGAGGGGGCAUACUCGUCCAGAUUGUGGCAAUGCACGAUAUUGCUCAUCCUGCCCUGACUCAGCUCGAUAUACUCAAGCAACGCAGAGCAGAGAGGAAAGCAGCAGAAAGAGGCGUGGCCCCUUUGCGCGUCAUCGGCGGGACGGAACAGCCCUCCGAAGAGAAUGCAGAGGUGGAUCAAGACCCUACGCCUGUCUUUCCGAGAGGCAUGCUCAAGCUGACCUUGUCGGAUGGGUACAAUACUGCUCAGGCGAUUGAGAUGAACCGGAUUGACGCGCUCUCUAUGAUGGCCACGCCCCUCGGUGCAAAGCUCGUCCUCAAGAAUGCCAGCGUCAGAAAUGGCAUGCUUUUGCUCGAUCCUACCAACUGUAUUUGCAAGGGCGGAGCUAUUGGGCUCUCUGACGGAGAGCUCGAGGAUAGACUCGAAGCGGUUUUGAACGCUCGGUUGCGACAGGACGCCCCAGCACAAGAGGUUCCGAGGCCGCGAGCUAAGAGGGAGACGCCUGCGGCAUCGUCACGAGCACCUGCGAGCAAUGCUCAUGCAGUUGGCGCAAAGGCUCAUUCGAGGGCGACAGAGGCUUCUCAUCAUGUCGAUCUGAAUGACAUUGACUUUGACGACGAGGAUCUGCCGGACGAGGACGAGCCGGCGCGAAAAGUACAAGUCCUUUCAUCCAGUUCGCCUCCGCCAGAACGCAAGAGCACGAUCAAGCGCAGCAAUGGCAAGACGACGAGCGCAUACUUUGAACUAUCAGACUAG